CGAGAAUGCAGUCUUGUGUUUUGAGACACAGGAUGUAAGUGUGUAUGCUGGAAUCAGGCAGUUGAUGUGGGCAGCCCCUGCGUGUGUCAUCUCGCCACUCACUUUCUUAGCGAACAACACCGGCUAUUCAGCAACAGGAGAAGCGCACCUCCCAAAUGGGGCAGUUAAAACACAGAUAAACCGAUUAUUUAAACCUUCACCCGGAUUAUUUUGAGUGGCCAUGGGUGACACAGAGCUGGAGCUCUCUCCCGCUCGGCUUGAGGAGCUACAGAAGAGCCCAUCCACCUCCUCAACCUCCACUACCUCCUCACUGUCCCUGCCCUCGUCUCCCUCUUCUGGCCCUCGUCCCCUCACCAGCUCAAGCCCGAGCACCAGUGAAGGCCUGCCCACAUCCAGUCCCACUCUAGAUGUCAUAUCAGAGGGAGUGGGUGAACUCAGCCUGGUCAUUGAUACUGAGGUGGCUAAAAAGGCCUGCCAGGAGGUGCUUCAAAAGGUGAAGUUCCUGAAGGUUGAUGGAGAUGUAUCUUCAGUCACUUCAGAGCCCGUUUUGGUGAACGGUACAGCGCACCCUGAGUCCACUGAUGGAGGAAAACCUCCCAAGAUCACCACAGAGGAAGCGGAGCCCGUGAAGAGCGUGCGGCGGCGUCAGAAGAACAACUCCUCCAAGCAGUCCUGGCUCCUGCGGCUCUUCGAGUCCAAGCUGUUUGACAUCUCCAUGGCCAUCUCCUAUCUUUACAAUUCCAAGGAGCCCGGUGUGCAAGCCUACAUCGGCAAUCGGCUCUUCAGCUUCCGGAAUGAAGAUGUAGACUUCUACUUGCCCCAGUUGCUCAAUAUGUACAUCCACAUGGACGAGGAUGUGGGCGACGCCAUUAAGCCCUAUGUGGUGCACCGCUGCCGGCAGAGCAUAAAUUUCUCCCUGCAGUGCGCCUGGCUGCUGGGGGCCUACUCCUCUGACAUGCACAUCUCCACGCAGCGCUACUCCCGUGGCACCAAACUGCGCAAACUCAUCCUGUCAGAUGAGCUCAAGCCCUCCAGCCAGCGCAUCCGCAGGGAGGUGCCGCAGCCUCCCCCUUCCUGCCCCCCACCCCUCCAUCACGGUCAGGGCAUGAGCGAACACAGCCUAUCGCCCUCCAAACGCACCCACCAACGCUCCAAGUCUGACGCCACAGUCAGCAUCAGCCUCAGCAGCAACCUGAAGAGAACCGCCAGCAACCCCAAAGUAGAGGCCAGCCAGGAUGAGGAUCUGAGCUCCAGCUCCGACAGUCUCGAGCUAGAGGCUGGUACACCUGUGCGUCUGACCCCUCAGAGGGAGUUCAUUAAAUCUCUGAUGGGGAUAGGGAAGAGACUUGCCACUCUGCCCACUAAAGAACAGAAGACCCAGAGGCUCAUCUCAGAGCUGUCCCUACUCAACCACAAGCUGCCUGCCCGGGUCUGGUUGCCCACGGCUGCCUUUGACCACCACGUGGUGCGCGUGCCCCACACGCAGGCCGUCGUGCUUAACUCAAAGGAUAAGGCACCUUACUUAAUCUAUGUAGAAGUUCUGGAAUGUGAGAACUUUGAGACGUCAAGUGUGCCCGUGAGGAUCCCGGAAACACGGAUCCGCAGCACGCGAUCCGUAGAGAAUCUUCCGGAUUGUGGCAUCACACCUGACCAGCGUGCCAGCAGCUUCUCCACGGUCCCCAAUUAUGAUAACGAUGAUGAGGCAUGGUCUGUAGAUGACAUUGGAGAGUUACAAGUGGAGCUUCCAGAGAUCCACACCAACAGCUGUGACAACAUCUCCCAGUUCUCAGUAGAUAGCAUCACCAGCCAAGAGAGCAAAGAACCUAUUUUUAUUGCAGCUGGAGAUAUCAGACGACGCCUAUCCGAGCAACUCGCCCACACCCCCACCACAUUUAAAAGGGACCCAGAGGAUCCCUCAGCUGUAGCCUUAAAGGAACCGUGGCAGGAGAAAGUGAGACGGAUCAGGGAGGGCUCCCCCUAUGGCCACCUACCCAACUGGCGUCUACUUUCUGUUAUUGUGAAAUGUGGUGAUGACCUGAGACAAGAGCUUCUCGCCUAUCAAGUUCUGAAACAACUGCAGAUUAUCUGGGAGCAAGAGCGGGUUCCCUUGUGGAUCAAGCCCUAUAAGAUCUUGGUCAUUUCUUCAGACAGUGGCAUGAUUGAGCCAGUGGUCAACGCUGUGUCCAUUCACCAGGUGAAGAAACAGAGUCAGCUUUUAUUGCUCGACUACUUCCGGCAAGAACACGGCAACUACACUACAGAGGAAUUCCUUACUGCUCAGCGCAACUUUGUUCAGAGCUGUGCUGGCUACUGUCUCAUCUGCUAUCUGCUGCAGGUCAAGGACAGGCACAAUGGAAAUAUCCUGCUGGACUCUGAGGGCCACAUCAUUCACAUCGACUUUGGCUUCAUCCUUUCCAGCUCUCCACGAAACCUAGGCUUCGAGACGUCUGCCUUUAAACUAACCAGUGAAUUUGUUGAUGUAAUGGGAGGUCUGGAUGGAGACAUGUUCAACUAUUACAAGAUGCUUAUGCUCCAAGGCCUCAUCGCUGCACGCAAGCACAUGGAGAAGGUCAUCCAGAUUGUAGAAAUCAUGCAGCAAGGUUCUCAGCUUCCCUGCUUCCACGGCUCCAGCACCAUCCGUAACCUGAAGGAGCGUUUCCACAUGAACCUGACGGAGGAGCAGCUGCAAGUGUUAGUGGAGCAGAUGGUGGACGGCUCCAUGCGUUCCAUCACUACCAAGCUGUACGACGGCUUCCAGUAUCUCACCAAUGGCAUCAUGUGAGCGGCGACUGGGGUGCAUAUAGACUUGAGAGCUAAAACUGGAAAAAAGGCUGCACCACUUUAAAAACCACUCCCAAUGCCCGCUUCCCAUAACCACCCCCGUGUGUCUGCACCCUUCAGACUGAUUAUCUUUAAAGAUGGAUUUUUUUGUUAGUUUUUUUAAUUUGACUGAAGAGGUCUUGAGCUGUGAAGUAACCUUGCCGUCUUUUUUCAACAGCCUUUCCUUUUGUUUUUUGUCAUGUCAUCUUACAGUACUCUGAAUGCCCAGAGUUGAACUUUAUCCAGCUUUCCAGUGCCUCAUUUAAACACUAAGCUGCUCUGUGACUUCUGGUUUUACUCUCACCUGUGUACUGACUGACUUCAACACCCCAUAAUAUCAUCAUCAUCAUCAGCUUUAUUUUGUUCGCAUUACCACUUAUGCUGUACACUUGGGAUGAAUAACAUUCAGAAUUUCGACACACACAUACAAUGGGACGGGAAACAGGAGAUGUUGUAUCUACGCCUGUAAAUUGCAUUGCGAAUUGAGGGAAUCAGGUGGUAAACAUUGCUGCGAUUGUUCAGCUUUGUGAAGUCAGUGUUACAUUAACCGUUUCAGAGAUCUUCAGCUCAGCGCCGCACAAAGAGCCGUUAAGCCAUGAAACGUUUGCUUAAAGGGCUCUCAUUUGACCCUGUGAAGAGCGCUUUGCCCAUAAUAAGGUUAAUGAAGCUUUUUAAUUCAAUAUGGAUUUGUUAAACGUCAAAACACCAAAGACACAGACCAGUGGCUCCGCCAAUCAUACGAGAGUAUUAAUCUUUGAUUGAUUUGAUACAAAAUCUAAUAUAAAAUAAUUAGGACUUUAAAAUUUAAAAUAUCCUGGUGUUUUCUAGGUCAAAAUAAAUGUAUAAAGAAACUAUUUUGAGUUUCCAGAGGUCUGGACUGAAAUGUGGUGGACUGAGAGAUAUGAACACUAUUUAUUGCCCUUUUACAAAUAUUUCAUAUGCUUAUAUGACAUGUAUGAAAUAACACUUUCUCAACAUGUUCUCUGUGGAUUUCAUUUUGUUUUGGCACAAGUUACAAUGCAAGCUAGUUUGUACAGCUAACCUGAAUUUAUAAUGUGCAUUCUUACAGCUGACCUCAUUCUGAGGUGGGCGGCCAUGUUUAAAUGUGUGACUGUGAGCCACUGGAGAUUUUUUUUCUUUUAACAGAGAGAAGUUCAGAUCUGUUGCACAGGAGAAAUGGAAAGGGCUAUGAAAAAAGCAAGAGAAAUCAACACAUUAAUUCUUUGUUUUUAUUUCCUACACAUGUACAGGUAUAAAAUUCCCUGUGUAAAAUUUCUAGUUUUUUUAUUUUUUAUUAUUAUUGUUCUUUAAUUUCGUAGAAACUGGGGCGUGUGUUGAGCCUCAUCUUCUUUCCCUGUGACAUCAGUGCUUCUCUUAAUAGUUUUAAUUCAUCCUCUCCGCCACAAUUUCCUUUCAUUUGUUUGCCUGUGCGAGAGCAAUUUAGACUAUGUAUGUUUUCAGCAGCUUAUCUUUUCUCUUUACUAUUUUAUACUUCUUUUGUUUCAACGUCAAACUUUCCUUUGAAACUUGUAAAACGGACCAGCUCUUAUGAUCAUGUGAAUAACCUUCCUUGUGAAUGUUCCUUUGUACAAUAAAUUAAAUGUUCCCGUUCCACAAA